AUGCUCGAAAACCUUUGCAUGCUGCCGCUGUCGGCAGAUGUGUUCGCGCAAGUGCUGCACCCGACCGAGCCACUCUUGACCGUCGGCCUCUCCAACGGCCGCGUCGAGUGCUACCGGCUGCCCGACGCAGGUGCGGGCAACAAUGGCCAGAAGGCCGGCGUGAUCAAGCCGCUGUGGACGACCAAGCGCCACAAGGGCAGCUGCCGCAGCCUGGCGUGCAGCGUCGACGGCAAGUGGGUGUACUCGGCGGGCGCCGACGCCGUCGUCAAGCACUUUGAUCCGCUCACCGGCAAGGUCGUGUCCAAGUUUGCCAUUCCCCCACGCCACGACGGCGGUCUCGACCCGCCUGCCAUUAUGCACAUCCUGUCGCCGCAGACGCUGCUGCUGGGCACCGACGACGGGUGCCUGUACAUUUACGAUUUGAAGGUGGACGGCUCUGUGGCGCCGAAGCCCAGCCGCACACACAAGCCGCACGACGACUACGUGACCUCGAUCACGCCCCUGCCGCCCUCGGCCGAGAGCACCUCGGGGUACCCCAAGCAGUGGGUCAGCACUGGCGCCGGCACGCUGGCCGUGACGGACCUGCGCGCAGGCAUUGUCGCGCGGUCCGAGGACCAGGACACGGAGCUGCUCUGCUCGACCAUGAUCCCGCGGGGGCUGGGUCCCAAGAACCUGCGCGGCAACCCUGUUGUGGCCGUGGGCACGGGCGACGGCGUGCUGACGCUGUGGGACAAGGGUGCGUGGGACGACCAGCAGGAGCGGUUCUACGUGGCCGGCGGACGCAAGCAAAAGGACGGUGAGAGCCUGGACGCCGUGGUGCGGGUGCCCGACAGCGUGCCGUGGAGCAACGGGCAGACGGUUGUGGUGGGCGCGGGCGACGGCACGGUGAGCAUAGUGGACCUGCGGAGCCGCGAGGUGCGGCAGGUGCUGAUGCACGACGAGGUGGAGGGCGUGACGGCUGUGGGGUUUGACAGCCUGGGCCGGCUGGUCACGUCGGGCGGGCACACCGUGGGCAUCUGGCAGGAGAACAAGGACGCCAACGGCGGUGGGGUUGGUGGUGGAAGCGACGAUGAUGACGAUGAGGACGACGAAAAAGACGGCGACGAGGCGGACGGUAGCGAUGCCGAGGACAAGCCCAAGAACAACAAAAAGCGCGCAGCCGACAGCGACAGCAACAGCGACGACGACGAUGAUUCGGACAGCGACGAUUCGGAUCGUGAGCCGACGAAGCGUCGCAAGAAGAAGAACAAGAAGGGCCGUAAGGCCAAGCCACAGGCAAAGCGUGCCUCAUUCCCCGGCCUGGAUUGA